AUGGUCCAAUGUCUUCACCAGCAACAUAUUCCAGUCUCAAUAAUUUCAGUAACAAGACAGAGAUCGGACGGAGAGAUAAUACCCGAUAGUGUUGAACACUCUAAAGACAACCCUCUAGAUCCAGAUCUUUCUCCAGACCGUGCUGUAGACCUGGAUCUGGAAACCUGGUCAAGCACAGAAGAAAAUGAUAAUGCCGACGGUAGCGAGAUAUGUAACGAGUACACCCUCACAGUGUCCACAGAGGGAGCUUCUGGAAGUCUGUCAACUUCAUCUGAAUGCAAAAUCGGGGACACUGUGAUGCUCGAACGAAAGGAUGGUGGUUCUUUUACGAUUAAAGAAAUAGCGGUUAUAGCUAGAGAAGAAACGUGUGAAUCAGGAAGUUACAGGUCAGCUAACACAUGCGAAAAAUGUACCGGAAAUACCAUCAGUUCAUCUGGUGCUAGUUCCUGUACUCCUUGUGGAGCUGGAGAAGAAGCGAACACUGCUAAAACAGUAUGCGAACCGUGUGCAGCAGGGAGUUACAUGCCAAAUGAUGGGACCUCGUGUGAAAUAUGUACUGGAAAUACCAUCAGUUUAUCUGGUGCUAGUUCCUGUACUCCUUGUGGAGCUGGAGAAGAAGCGAACACUGAUAAAACUGAAUGCAAACCGUGUGCAGCAGGGAGUUACAUGCCAAAUGAUGGGACCUCGUGUGAACUAUGUACUGGAAAUACCAUCAGUUCAUCUGGUGCUAGUUCCUGUACUCCUUGUGGAGCUGGAGAAGAAGCGAACACUGCUAAAACUGUAUGCGAGGCAGAAACGUGUGCAGCAGGGAGUUACAUGCCAACUGAUGGGACCUCGUGUGAACUAUGUACUGGAAAUACCAUCAGUUCAUCGGGUGCUAGUUCCUGUACUCCUUGUGGAGCUGGAGAAGAAGCAAACACUGCUAAAACUGUAUGCGAACAGUGUGCAGCAGGGAGUUACAUGCCAAAUGAUGGGACCUCGUGUGAACUAUGUACUGAAAAUACCAUCAGUUCAUCUGGUGCUAGUUCCUGUACUCCUUGUGGAGCUGGAGAAGAAGCGAACACUGCUAAAACUGUAUGCGAGCCAUGUGCAGCAGGGAGUUACAUGCCAAAUGAUGGGACCUCGUGUGAACUAUGUACUGGAAAUACCAUCAGUUCAUCUGGUGCUAGUUCCUGUACUCCUUGUGGAGCUGGAGAAGAAGCGAACACUGCUAAAACUGUAUGCGAGGCAGAAACGUGUGCAGCAGGGAGUUACAUGCCAACUGAUGGGACCUCGUGUGAACUAUGUACCGGAAAUACCAUCAGUUCAUCUGGUGCUAGUUCCUGUACUCCUUGUGGAGCUGGAGAAGAAGCGAACACUGAUAAAACUGUAUGCGAACCGUGUGCAGCAGGAAGUUACAUGCCAAAUGAUGGGACCUCGUGUGAACUAUGUACUGGAAAUACCAUCAGUUCAUCUGGUGCUAGUUCCUGUACUCCUUGUGGAGCUGGAGAAGAAGCAAACACUGCUAAAACUGUAUGCGAGCCAUGUGCAGCAGGGAGUUACAUGCCAACUGAUGGGACCUCGUGUGAACUAUGUACCGGAAAUACCAUCAGUUCAUCUGGUGCUAGUUCCUGUACUCCUUGUGGAGCUGGAGAAGAAGCAAACACUGCUAAAACUCGUCUCAAAUAA